CACAGCUUGAACCAUUCAACCAGAACCUACGUGUACUUCAGAGUAUCGUUACAAGAUAUUGGGUAAAGACCAACAAACUAGUGACGUCAUAAAACAUGGUCAAUUUUGAGGUCGUAUGUCUGGCUGCCAUGCUGGUAGUUUCUACAAUCGCCGUGCCAGUGUAUGAGCAGCACCAUCAAGUGGAGGAGCAGCAUUACGAACCAGCUCGUUACGAGUUCAAAUAUGGCGUGAAAGACGAGCACACACACGACAUCAAGGAACAGUACGAGAAGCGAGACGGCGACAAGGUGGAGGGUUACUACAAGUUGGUUGAACCAGACGGCACAGUCCGCACUGUCAAGUACACGGCCGACAAACACACCGGAUUCAUCGCUCAGGUCGAGAAGUCCGGACACGCCACUCACCCUCGGCCCAUCAAGAAGGUUAUUGCUCCUGUCAAGAAACUGGUGUACCCAGUGAAGAAGGUCGUCUACCCUGUCAAGUACCAAUCCUAUGAGCCAGAUCUUCAGCAAAGUUUUUCGCAAGAAGCUUCCCAUUAUGAGGUACCUGCUCAAAUUUAUUCUAACGAACAUUCAUCUCUGUCUGACGGAAGUCCUGGAAGUUACAGUAGCUUUAUCAUUGGAGGUGGAUCAGAAAAGUACGGGCAUCAACAGUAAGACUGCAGCAAUAACAUUUACAUCAUCAGUCAUCAAAUUCAUGAUACUGGCAUUCGAAUAGAAUUAUAGUUCACAUAAUUUACAGCCUAUAUAUAAUCUGAAAAAUUAUCAUAUCUUCCUCUCAAAAUAUUUUACAUAUUCCUUGGUAUUUUUGUUUGAAGGGAAUAUUUUACCGCCCUCUAUUUCUGGCCAUACAUAGCAAAGGUCACAAUACAAAAAUGAGCCACUAUAAGUCAGUCAGAAAUUAAGUUUCUCAAGCUGGACAAUCGUGGUUCUAUUUCCGGCAUGCAGACCGCCGUUGGGCCUACAUAGAUUCCUACCAGGUUCACCUUUAUUCGGUAUCAACGUUAGGAAUGCAUGGAAACAUACCUCUACUCCCACAUACGCCUUCAUACUUCAUAAACCACAAUAUAAAAAUUACAAAGCCUUCGCACUGUUGCGAAUUGGCAUUCAAAAGAUUUUAAGAAAUGACCUGUUGAGUAUGAAAAUUCAUGAACAAAUGUAACCUCUUGUAUAAGUGUAACUUCGCCAUUUACAGCCACAUAAGAUGUACCAUAAUCAUCACGAGUCUCACCAAAUCAUAACACAAUAAUCGCUACAUAUCUCACGAUCGUUGUAAAUAUUACCUCAACUUUCUACUUAUCUGAAGCUUUAUUCAUUGUGUAUUGUGUAUAUUGCAUUUGUAAAUAAACAUUUCAAGUUACGUAUUUUA